UUUUUUGCUGCGCCUGGCCGAUCCGACCGACCGACUUCUUUCUUCUCCUCUUCAAACAAAAACCAUCACCAAACAACCACCACGCGCAUCCAACUUCCCCGUCACGUGGCUCUGUUCCAUCAGGCCCUCAUCAUCGCUGCAUCUCCAUCGCGAGACGACACGCCUUCCCUUCUUCUUCUCCUUCUUGCUCUUCUUCUUCUUCAUCUCCUUAGCUAGCUGAACCCUUUCUAUUUCGUUUUUGUCUUUGCAAGCCAAGUCAGCACAGCAAUCAUGUCGCGCGGUGGCACCACCUUGUACGUGACUGGCUUCAGCCACGGAACUCGCGCCCGAGACCUCGCCUACGAAUUCGAACGCUAUGGACACCUUGUCCGCUGCGACAUCCCUGCACCUCGAUCGGCCUCCAGCAGACUGUUCGCCUUUGUUGAGUACGAGGAUCGUCGCGACGCUGACGAUGCCUACCAUGAGAUGCACAACAAGCGCAUCGGCCGUGACGACAUUCUGAAGAUCGAGUGGGCUCGCACACCUCCUAGUGCGUCGUGGCGAUUCGACUCUGGCCGGGAUCGUGAGCGCGCUCCUCGCCGCUCUUCUCCUCGUCGUGGCCGCUCUCCUUCUCCCCGACGCAGCACCCGCGACUACUCUCCCAAAAAGGAUGACCGCCGGGACCGCGACCGUGACUACGACCGCAGCGACCGACGCGACACUCGCGAGCGUUCCCGCAGCCCUGACCGACGUGACCGGGACCUCAAGGACGACCGUGACGACCGAGAACCCCGUGAGAACGGUACCAACGGUGACGACAGAAAGCCCCUGGACAGUCCCCCUCCCGCCCAUGAUGACCUGGAUGUUGCUGCGGAGUGAUAAGUAUACUUGGCAAUUUCUCUUGUCGGGUUGUGCACGGCUAUGCCAAAAGUUUUCUGAUUCCCUCUCCUGGUGUCCUACCUAUUUUAUCAUUUGAAUCUGGAUCUGUAAAGUGUCCUCACCUUCUGGGAGCUUUUUUAGGCUCGAUGCGACCGAUUCGGCUUGUUCGAGCUCCGCGCGCGAGGCCUGGGCCAUUCGACACCAAGGCAGCACUCGCGCUGCCAGGCACAUCGGAACAUCGACCAUCGGCGGGAUCCCCCCACCCCUCCGCAUUCGGCGACGAGUUCGAGACGACGCGCGAUUCUGGCAGGCGGCCGGUUUGAUAGCAUUACCCCUAUAGUAGUUUAGAAAUUGAAUGUAGGUCUUUGCAGAAGCACUUACUCGUGUAGCCUUUGUACGUGAC